AUGGCAAAGCGCCUCGGUUUUCGUUCAGAUUGGAUAGCCAAGCGUGGUCGCGAAGAAAUCGACCUUCUUCCCCGCGACCGUCAAGCUUUCCCAAGAGAUCUGUGCACUGGCUGGAAGUUUCACAACAAUAUUACACGGGAUGACUGUUUAGGUCAGAUAGGCAGUGGCUGGUUGGAGAAAACGGAGACCGAGCGGCAGCACCUUUUUUCCGACAUUGCCGAGACCAUUGGCACGGACUUGAGUCAAAGUACGCUAAAGUCCCGCGCGGAGAAGCCGCAGGGAGUCGACUGA